AUAGCGCCAUCUGCUGAAAUUGACAUAUUUUCGUCUGUGGAUUGUUCUGUAACACACAUAACCCGUUAUCACGAUUACUUGUGGUGCUUGUUCUUUGAACCGAUUGAUAUUCGAUAUUCGACGUCAUUCGAUAGCAGAUCCUUGGAAAAGUUAAAAUUUAGAGAAAAUAAUUGAAGAUGUCGGAAGAAGUGAAUUUAGAUGAUUGUUACAAGACUGCAUUAGCCUUAGCAGAAAAGGCUGGACAGAUGAUAGCUGAAUCUGUUCAUAACUCUAAAAGAAUACAGACAAAAUCCUGUACUGUAGAUUUCGUUACAGAAACAGAUAAAGAAGUGGAGAAUUUUCUCAGGAAAUCACUACAAGAGAAAUAUCCUUCACAUAAAUUUAUAGGAGAAGAAUCAAAAGAAAAGGGAAUUCCCUGUGAUUUUACAGAUGCUCCCACUUGGAUAAUUGAUCCAGUUGAUGGAACAAUGAAUUUUAUUCACACAUAUCCUUUUGUAGCAGUUUCAAUUGGUUUGGCUGUUAACAAAGAGGUGGUUGUUGGUGUUAUUUAUAAUCCAUUAUUGAAAAGAUUGUAUGAAGCAAGAAAGGGAAAUGGUGCAUUUUGUAAUGGUAUUAGAUUGCAAGCUUCUGGACAGACAGAGCUAGAUCAGUCACUUCUGGUAUCAGAAAUGGGCAGUAGUCGAAAUCCAGAAAAAAUUGAAUUAGUCUUUGCAAAUAUGAGACAUUUAAUUAAUAAAGUACACAGUUUCAGAGCUUCAGGUUCGGGAGCUCUUAACAUGUGUGCAAUUGCAUCCGGGGAAGCCGAUGCCUAUUAUGAAUUUGGUUUACAUUGCUGGGACAUUGCUGCUGGAACCAUAAUUGUGCAAGAAGCGGGAGGAACAGUCAUUGAUACAGAAGGUGGUCCCAUUGACAUAAUGGCUCGAAGAGUUUUGUGUGCCGGCUCUUCAAAAUUAGCAUAUUCUCUUAGUAAAGAAUUAAAGCAUAUGACACUUGAGAGAGAUUGAAUGUUUGUCCAUGUUAUAAAUGGGAAACUAGUUUAUCUGGAAUAGUUGCAGCAAUCAAUAUAUUAAAUAGCUUUUAUACAAUUGUUUUGAAAUCUUUUGUAAUAAUAAUUAUGUGGAGAUGUGAUUUAAAAUGAGCUGCAAACAUUUGUAAGUCAGCAAUGAUGUUGUAAUUAAAAUUUCUCAUUGUUAAUUAUGUAUAAAAAAAAUUCAGAGUAAAAUUAUAUAACAUAUUUAUUAAGAAAAUAAUUUUUUCCUUUGUAAUAACAAAUCAAGUUAACAUAUACUGAUAAUUCAAAUAGCCAAAUUUCCAAAAAAUAGAUGACAAUUUUCAGUUGGUUAAUUUGUUUUUCUGGAAUUCUGUGUAAUUUUCUAAAAACUUCAAUUUCUAACACAUACAUUUCUGAAGUCAAAUAAAAAUUAAUUUUACAGAUGUUUACAGUACUAUAGUAUAGAAGUUUACAAUAGUGGAGAAAAUACAUUAGAACUUUGGUUGUCCAGAUUUUGGAUAAUGACAUAAAGUGUAUAAAAUGCAAACUGCAGUUUGCCUGCAGAGAAUAAUAUAAUCUGUAGAUUGCCCAAUACAUUUUGGGAAAACCUAAGAUUGUAAGCUGUGAAAUGGACAAAUGCCUAAAAUCAAAACUAUGGGCUUUACUACUAUGCAUUUGAUAGUGCUAAGAUGAUUACUGCAUCAAACUUUGACCAUAACAUCCACAUCCUAAAUUUUUUCAGGCAGACUAAUUGAAAAUGUCCAUUACAUUUAACAUUUCCAAUUCAUUUGAUUUUUUCCAUAAUUAUGGUUAUUAAAUUGUUCUUAAUUUUCUGGAAUUUCAUUCCUUUUCAUAUAAAAACCAAUUUAUCUAGAUAUAAUGAAAUUAUUAUGAUUUUGGGAAAACUUGAGCUCAGUAAGAUUAUCUAGCAUGGAUAUAAAAUAAAGGAGAAUGUCCUAAUUUGAAUUUUCCAUGCUAACUUGUCUUAUAUAGCCACUCAAACCCAGCUUUGAAACCAUUUUAACAGAUGAAGGCAUCAGUCUACUCCUCUGGGGACCAAGAAUGAAUACUGGUAAGCACCUUAGGAAUUUUCAAGAGUUUCUCAGAUAUCAGCUCCCAUCCUUUACCAUAUGGUUACCUGUCUCACUGUUGACUUGGUUGAACUCACAUUAGUGUGAACAGGACAGUCAAAAAUGGGAAAAAAGGCUGCUGGCUAUCUUGUGACAGUAUUAUUACCUAAAGUGGACAGUAGGAAAGGACUUUUGCCUUUGGGUAUAUAAAUUAAUAAUGAUUAAAAGAAUUAAAAAGAAUUGUUUUUAUUGACAUCAUUAGUACAUGCUGUUAUAAACUCACAUUAUCUGUUACAUGCAUAUUGGUAAAAAAAUAUCCCAAAUACUGUAAAUCCAAUAUACCUACUUCAUGGCUUUCUGGUCAAUUAUUUUCUAUAUUAGCAAGUAUAAAAAUGGUGAAUCAGAUUUAAAAGAAAGUAAUCACUAACGAUAAAUUAUUUGUGAUAUCAUCACAAUGCCAGUCUGCAAUUUGUAAUCUUUUUUUUUUUUUUUUUGCCAACUCCAGUGGAAGGUAUUUUCUUAGACAUCAUAGGCCUGUUUAUAAUGCAAUCCUCAUGGUACUGUGCAGUGUGGGUGGGAAUAAAUCUGUUUUAAAUUGUAGAUUGUAAUUAAUUUGAAUUUCUCUGCAAAUUUGUUCCACAACAGAUAGCUAUAUAUUUUUAUGUAUGGCGGAUGAGGGUCUCGUGUACCAAAAUGCAUACCAGUAAUAAAGUUGCAUUCUGAUAGAAGUGUCAUUUUGAUGUUACCAGUAGUAGUAUAAGUCUGUUAUCUCUACUAUAAUAUUUGAGAUAUUAAUUUCAACAAGUUUUGAGACAAGAAGCUCUUUUAUAAUUAAUUUAUUUAAUUUAAAAUAUAUUCUCUUCACCUCAAAUUAGUAGUGGCUUGCCCCUGUACAUCAUACCUUUCUUUUAACAAUAGUCAUGCCAGUCAUCUAUCUAACUCCUUUCAGGGGAAAAUUUUUGAAUUGAAAUAACAUAAUACUUAAACAUUCAUUUAUUUAACACCAUUUUCAAAAUUAAGGAAAGAUGGACAGACGAUAGUGGAAAUUUAUAGGUUCAACAAGGGGCUGGAAACAACUAAUGUUUUGAUUAUAUUUAAUGACCUUUGUCAGGUUGAUGAUCCAAAAAUCAAACAUUUACAAAUACUAAUGAAAAUAAAACAGAAGUAAGUUACUUUAUGAAUUGUAGUGUGGCUAUGCCAGCCAAAUCUGAUUGUAACAUUGUCUUAGAGAUCUUUAAGACCAUUAUGAAAUUUGCUUAGUUGAAUGUCAAAAACGUAUAUUUGAACCUUUAGUGUUUGAAUAUUUGUUAGUACUGUAUUUGUAAAUGUGGUAUUUAUCACAUCAAGUUUUAUUUAUUUAUUCUUUUUUGUUAAUGUUGAAAUAUAUACUUGUAAAAUUAAUGAUAAAUAUCACUUGAAUUUUUGUUAGCCAAAUUAAUUGGUGUAAAUUGUUAAUACCAUAAUAAAAUAUGAUUUGAUAGAGGUUGAUCACAACUAAUC